AUAUUCCCCGCGGUGGUGGUUGACCACGUGAAGCAAGGCCACCUCCUCACAGAGCUCUGGCUCACUAACCACCACAUAGGCACCCUCCCAGCAGAGAUUGCGACAUUCACCAAGCUUCGUGUCCUCGGUCUUGCGGGGAACGCGCUCACCGCUUUGCCGGCUGAUCUUUGUCUGCUGACAGCGCUCGAAGCAUUGUAUCUCGAGAACAACCGCCUCCAGACACUGCCGACUAAAGUGAAGUUCCCACCACAACUUCGCGAGCUGCGCCUAGAUAACAACCAGCUCGCGGUAUUUCCGGUUCAAAUCACCAAGCUGAGACUGUUGAAUCGUCUUGGUUUGAGCCACAACCAAAUCAAGACGCUACCUGAAGAAAUCCACCGACUGAGGAACCUCGUGGAGCUCAAUUUGGACUACAACCGCCUCGACGCUGAAUUUCCUAGCGGGUUUGGUGCUCUCCAGCGACUGGAAAGACUCGGGCUAGAAGGCAACUUUCUUGCUGAAAGGCCGAGCGUUCUUGAUCGUUUGCCAGCGCUUUCGUACAUUCGCUUGAGCGGAAAU